AUGCAUGCCAGCGGCGAUGGAACUUGCAGACCUCGGGUUGGAGCGGAGAGACUCACGCCGACGCGGGGAGGUGUGGCGAGCUCGAGGGUUGCUGCGGUCGUCCGUGCGAAGCUUCCCAGGCCGGCGGUGUGCGACACGGACAAGUGGAGGAGGAGAUCGCCGGCGAGGACAGGUUAUUACACCGAUGUUACUGGCAGCGCUGCGGGAAUAAGAGAGAGGCUGAAAGCAGGUUAUUUGGUGAGCUGGUCAGCGCCCAGAAACUGCAUUCGCUGUGAGAAGGGUGGUGGGAAAUGUGGAACUAGUGUUGGUAUGCCAACGUGCUUCUGCCCGGAUAAACUUCAUGCUUUCUUCUGCCCUGACCAAGAAUCAGAAAAUUUGGCUAUUCAGUUGUCAAUAGUUGGUGCAAUUUCUGGUGUGAUGGUUCUUGUGGUUACUGUGUGGUGCUUUAGGGAAAAGUUAUCAACUUAUAUCUUCUACUGGACAAAGCAAAACCAAAAGCGGCAAACUGUUGAGGCCUUUCUAAGGAACUAUGGAGGACUUCAAGUUAAAAGAUACAAUUACUUGGAAGUUAAGAAGAUGACCAACUCGUUCAAAAGAAAACUAGGACAAGGGGGCUACGGUGGUGUAUACAAAGGAAAGCUCAAUGACGGCCGUCUUGUAGCAGUGAAGGUUUUGAACAGACCAAGAGGUGUUGAAGAAGACUUUAUGAAUGAGGUUGCAGCCAUUAGUACAACUUCCCACGUCAACAUUGUUAGCCUGUUGGGGUUUUGUUUUGAGGGUUCGAAAAGAGCUCUUAUCUAUGAAUUCAUACCGAAUGGAUCUCUGGAUAAGUUCAUAUUUGAUGCAAAGGCUCCCACUGCCCAAAAGGAGCAUCGCUUGGGAUGGGACAUAUCGGAGAGAAUUUCACUUGGGAUAGCUCAAGGAUUAGAGUACUUGCAUCCCGGUUGCAGUGCACGAAUUUUGAAUUUUCACAUUAAGCCUCAUAACAUUCUUCUUGACGAGUACUUCUGGCCAAAGAUAUCUGACUUUGGCCUUGCUAAAAUACGUGACAGAAAUGAGAGCUUUGUGUCAAUGUUGGUUGCAAGAGGCACUGCUGGAUACAUUGCUCCAGAAGUGUUAUGUAGAAACUUUGGUGGUGUCUCGCACUUAUCUGAUGUGUAUAGCUACGGAAUGAUGUUUUCGGAGAUGGCUGGGGGAAGAAGGAACAUUAGUGUUGAAGUUGAAGACAUAAGCGAUAUAUAUUUUCCACAUUGGAUUCACAAACGUCUUGAAUUAGAUCAAGAACUUGGCCUACAAAGCAUCAUGAAUGAGGAAGACAAAGUAAGAGCAAGGAAGAUGAUUAUAGUGAGUUUGUGGUGCAUACAAACCGAUCCUUCAAACUGGCCAUCCAUGAAACAAGUCAUAGAAAUGUUGGAAGGACGUGUCGAGUCCUUGGAUCUUCCUCCUAGAAAUCAUCCCACAAUUGCAUCUCCAUGCAUAAGAACUACCCAUUAG